UUAAUAUUCAUAACCUAAUGCUUUGCCAUAGUAGGAUUCAGCCGGCAGCAGCAUCUCGGGAAAGAUUGGUUCAGAUAUCCGCAGUACCACGAACGAUCGCAGCUUCAGUAGCCUAUAAUGCGGACGGACACAUAACAUCAGACCUCGACUGAAAUAUUUUCCAAGGAUUUUGCAGACUCUUCUAUGGAAGCUGAGGCUGUGGUAAUGCUGCCUCCCAAGAACUGCAUCCCUAGAAAUUACAGUUGUAUUGCUGGGCUGUUCGGAAGCUUGUCAGCAUCAGAGCAAAAGCUGGAGGACGGAGAAGAAGACAUGGAGGAAGAGGAGAACAGGAAUGGAGACUGUGAUCUAUUAGAAAUCAACGUAGUGAAUGAAAAGCCGAGAGGAAGAGAGUCCUUCCUGAAGCCCCCGCAAAGCCCGACCCUGCGCCGAAGGUGCAAGUCUCUCCCCACACCGGCUGAAAGAGCCAAAUUAGAGAUCGCACGAGUCCGGAGCCCAAGCAGUCAAAAAAAGGUACGAUUCGCUGACUCUCUGGGACUAGACCUGAUUUCUAUCAAACACUUUCAUGACACGGAUAUGCCUGAGGUACCAGAGCGCAUUAUUGACAAAUUCAAAAACGCCAGAGCUCUCCACUUGAAUAACUUCGAUAAGUCCAACACAUCAAACCAGUCCGUGUUUAUGGAGCUGCUCUUCACAAAUCCAGGAUCCCUUCCAGAUUUCCUGGACAGAGUUAUUGCAUUGAAGGUUUUACUGGAGUCUGUUCAGGUUGAUGAGUUCAGCCUCUCUGGGAUCGUGCGCGUUCUUAACUUGGCUUUCGAGAAGAAUGUCUAUUUGAGGUACACCUUAAAUAACUGGACGACAUUUGUGGAUAUUCUGGCGUCUUACGUCCCCCAUUCUAAUGACGGGCAGACGGAUAAGUUCAGCUUCAAAAUCAUCACCCCGACCUUUCUGGAGUUUGGGGGAACCCUGCAGUUUGCCAUCAGGUACUGCGUCGGAGGAGUGGUAGGACCUGGCGAUAUUACAACUCUCUAUUUAGAUAUAUAGAGGUGACGAGGAACCAGAUGGUCACUCUGGUUGAGCUCCAGAGAUCACGUUUCAAGAUGUGAGAAACUUGCAGCAAGACAACAUCCCUGUAACCAGCCAUCCCAGAUUUGAACCCAAACAUCUCUGGAGAUACUUGAAAAAGGAUGUCCUAGCCCAACUUGACAGAGGAUCUGCAGAGAAGCAGGGUAUAAAAUCUUCAAAUCCAGGUGCGCAAAACUUGUUGCACCAUAUACAAAAAUAUAUGGGGCUGUAAUUGCUACCAAAGGCCUUUCAACUAAUUACUGAAGUAAGGGCUGCAGUCAUGACAUGAAUUAGAACACAAAAGUUAAUAAAUAACAUCGGGAAGCAUGUGUCCUGUAAAACAAAUGGUACAGAUGUGUAUAGAGUAAAAGUGACUGAAGAGUCAGUAAGAAAAAAUAAAGAGUUCCACACAUAUUCAGUCAGCCCUACUCAAUUUCUGACAGUUGUACUGAUAUUAAUGACAGGACUUAAAAAAUAAAUAUUGCAUACAAUUUAA